AUGGCCGGCAAGAAAAAGACAAAGAAGCCGGCCGCGAACCCGGCUCGCGGCUUUGCGACCACUUCCAUCGCAUCCAAGCCCAGAGCAGACCCCGCCGAAGCUGCCGCCGACACCCCGGCCGGCAAAGGUGACGAUGCCGUCGCCCCGCCAGCCGCUGACGCGAAAGAUGCCCCGCAAGCCGCCGGCACCACCAACACGACCAACGCACCCAAAGCGAAGGAACUCAGUCCCGAAGAAUUCGAGCGCCAGUUGGAGGAGUCGGCUUUGCAAAUAUUGGUGGACAAAUACGCGGCCAAAGUCAGAAGAGAUGCCCAGAGAAUCAAGACCCGCCUCGAGACAGACAGACGGAUCCUGCGCGGACAGGCCGAGACCAUCAAUACCAAGAAAUGGCUUCCCCAAGAGCUGAUGGACCAUGUUCUGGAUUUGAUUCAAGCAGAGGCCCGAUUCGCUGCGUCGAGCGUCACAUCAGAGGGCGCAACUAGUAGACUACCUCCUGAGGAAGACCUCAUCAUCAAGCUAUGGACCCUCCAGCAAACAUUGGAGAACACCGACUUUCCCAAGGAUAGAGUACAGCCCGCGCUCCAAUUCGCUCUCGACAUUGCGCCAAACAUCUCGCCCAAUGUCAAGAGUGAUUCUAUCUGGGGUCUGGAGGAGAUUUUAGACUGGCUGGCCAGGGAAUGCUCCAAGGCCGAGCUGCCAGACUACAGUGGACGGAAACCAGGCUCGGGCAAGGCGCAAGGAGGUAGGUUCCCUGCCCAUGUACCGUUAUCUUUAGGUUACCAUAUUGUUCACACUACUUCUCUCACAGACAUCAGCGCUGAUUCUCCCCUGCCUUCUGGCGCGACCACGCCCUUUGACCUCGAACCCCGCCGCGCACAAAAGGGCAAGAAUGGUGCACCUGAUCGAUCUCGUCAACCGUCGCCCAAGAAAUCGAACGUAACAUACGAUGAGGAUAUCGAGCCUGACCAACUGCUGCCCUUGUACCUCGAGACACAGGAGAAACUGUUCGAGAUUCGGCGCCCGCGGCAAGAUGUGGCCAAAGGCAAGGGUGGUGCCAAGGGAAACACUGUGGCGGACCCAGAAGAGGCUCUUUGCUUGGCCAAGCUCGACAGGAUCGAAAAGGAUGUGCUCUUUGACAAGUAUGUGGCCGAGCAGCAAUGGAGAGACAAGAAAAUUGCUCUCGAAAAGGACUACGCGACAGCCAAGGCGGAGGCAAAGAAGAAACAGGCCGAGGAGGAACCCGCUCCUGCGCCAACAGCCGAGUCAGACGAUAUCAACGAAGAAGCGGAACGUAUUGCCGCUGAGAUUCUGGCCGAACAGGAUGAUGACGAGGACGGUGCUCUGGCCGAUCUCUUUGCUAGCUUACCAGUGAAUGAGGUUGACCCACUGACUGGAAAGUCCAACACUGUCAUGAACGGCGCAGAUGGCUCGAAAGUAACCAUCAGGGACUUUGGGAAGUGGACUGGCGUGAGCCCAAUACGGGUUCUGGAGGAGGCGUGCCGCUCGAGGGACUCAUCUGUUCGGAUAUCAUACCAUGUUCUCUCCGAUAUUGCCUUUGCGAACCGACAUGCCGUCGAGAUUGUCUGGUCCAAACCUCAAGAUAUCCCUCCUCCGCCUGAAAGCACCGAGAUUGAGGUCUUCAUGUCGCCAACGCAGUUUGUCUACAAGAUGAUCUCCAUCUCUACUUCCGACUUGAAACAGUCUGAAGCCUACAUUGCCACAACCGCCCUGUUUUGCAUCUUUGGAUCCUCGGGCAAGGAGGAAAAGGUGGCCCUCCGGCUGCCUGCCACUUGGAAGGAUCUCUGGUCAGAAAUGGCCGAGGCCAAGAAGAACAAGGCGGACGGGCUGGACCGCGACGCCCUCAGACAUCUCCGGGAUAUGGUUCGCACUAGAAUGGAGCAGGAACUGGAGGAUGGUGUCUUGAUUCAGGGCUUCAAGGGGCGUGGCCAGAACAAGAACCUGACGGACUCGGAUCAGUCCGACAAUGAACGGGUCAAGCGACAAUCAUUUGAUCCCGAGUAUUAUCAAAAUAUCUGGUUGCAAAAAGCACAAACCCCUCGGUUUCAAGUUAUGCUGCAGUCAAGAGUACAGCUGCCCAUGUGGCAGUUCCGAGAGCAAGUGGUCAACGCCGUCGAGCAGAAUCAGGUGGUGAUUGUGUGCGGUGAGACUGGUUGCGGCAAAAGCACGCAGGUCCCCUCGUUUCUACUCGAAGACCAGCUCAUGAAGGGCAGGCCGUGCAAGAUUUACUGCACAGAACCUCGUCGUAUCUCGGCCCUCUCGCUGGCCAAGCGCGUCAGUGAGGAGCUGGGAGAGAACAAGGGCGAUUUGGGAACAUCUCGGUCCUUGGUCGGUUACUCGAUCCGUCUCGAGUCCAACACUUGCCGGGAGACGCGGCUUGUGUAUGCCACGACUGGUAUAGUCAUGCGCAUGCUCGAGAGCUCCAACGACCUUCAAGAGAUCACGCAUCUGGUCCUUGAUGAGGUCCACGAGCGUUCCAUCGACAGCGAUUUCCUCUUGAUUGUGUUGAAGAAGCUGCUGAUUCGAAGAAAGGAUCUCAAGGUGGUGCUCAUGUCGGCCACGGUGGAUGCUGAGCGGUUCUCCAAGUACCUGAGCGGCGCGCCGGUUCUUACCGUUCCUGGCCGGACGUUCCCGGUUAGUGUUGCGUAUCUGGAAGAUGCCGUCGAGUUGACUGGGUAUUCGCUUGACACGAGACCGUCAAAGGAGAAGUUCACCGAUUUGGAUGAUGAUGUCGAGGCUGAGAUUGACAACUCGUCCAAACCUGAACUCAUCAAAGCGCUCCGGCAGUACUCGCCCCGUACCCGCAAUACCCUGGCGGCGAUGGACGAGUAUCAGAUCGACUUUGACCUGGUGCUUCAGCUGAUCUCGAGGAUUGCGGUGGAUCCGAAUUACACAGAUUUCAGCAAGGCCAUCUUGGUCUUCUUGCCGGGUAUUGCCGAGAUUCGCACCCUCAACGACAUGCUGCUGGGUGAUAAGUUCUUUGCGGAGAAUUGGCUGGUUUACCCCUUGCACUCGUCUAUUGCCACGGAGGAGCAGGAGGCGGCGUUUUUGGUGCCGCCGCCGGGUGUUCGCAAGAUUGUCCUGGCGACCAAUAUUGCCGAGACGGGUAUCACGAUCCCUGAUGUGACGUGUGUCAUUGACACGGGCAAGCAUCGCGAGAUGCGCUUCGACGAGAGACGGCAGCUUUCCCGUCUGAUUGACACGUUCAUCUCCCGCGCCAACGCGAAGCAGCGUCGCGGUCGUGCUGGUCGUGUGCAGGAGGGUCUGUGUUUCCACAUGUUUACCAAGUACCGCCACGACAAUAUCAUGAGUGAUCAGCAGACCCCCGAGAUGCUGCGGCUGUCGCUGCAGGAGCUUGCGAUUCGGGUCAAGACGUGCAAGAUCGGUGGGAUCGAGGAGACGUUGGGCGAGGCGUUGGAUCCCCCUUCAGCAAAAAACAUUCGGAGGGCUAUCGAUGCCUUGGUGGAUGUUCGUGCCUUGACGGCUUCGUCUGAGGAGCUGACACCGCUCGGUCUGCAGCUUGCCCGUCUACCUCUUGAUGUCUUCCUCGGGAAACUGAUCCUCCUGGGCUCCAUCUUCAAGUGCCUAGACAUGGCCGUCACGGUGGCGGCGAUCCUGUCGUCCAAAUCCCCCUUUAUCGCCCCAUUUGGCCAGCGCAGCCAAGCCGACACUGUCCGCCGCGGCUUCCGCAAGGGCGACUCGGACCUGUUGACCGUCUACAACGCCUACUCGGCCUGGAAGCGUGUCUGCCAGUCUUCGGCGAGCAGCGGGGCAGAGUACCAGUUCUGCCGCAAGAACUUUUUGUCGCCGCAGACGCUGGCCAACAUUGAGGACCUCAAGGGCCAGCUCAUCACUUCGGUGGUGGACUCUGGCUUCUUGCAGCUGACGGCCGAGGAGAGGCAGGCGCACAACCGGCUGCGGUUUGGCGGGCGGAGGAGGAGGAGCGGGCAGGUGUUUUUUGAGAUACCGAAGAGGGUGGACGGCAACAGCGACAAUGAGGUUGUGGCGCAGAGCGUGAUCGCGUGGAGCUUUUACCCCAAGCUGCUGGUGAGGGAGGGGAAGGGGUGGAGGAACGUGGGGAACAACCAGGCGAUCCAGCUGCAUCCUAGCAGUGUGAAUAAAGGGGGUGGGAAUGGGGAGGUGAAGUGGAUGAGUUAUUAUCAUAUUAUGCAGAACAAGCAGUUCUUGAACGCUCACGAGACGACGGCUGUGGACCCGUUUGCUGUUGCGCUGCUUUGUGGGGAUGUCCGCGCGGAUUUGUACUCGGGGGUUUUGGUACUGGAUGGGAACCGGGCGAGGUUUGCGGUGCCGGAUUGGAAGACCAUGUUGGUUAUGAAGGUGCUGAGGGCGAGGCUCAGGGAGAUGCUGGCGAGGUGUUUUAAGAGUCCGGGGAGGUUGGUGACGGCGCAGCAGGAGAGGUGGUUGGAGGUUUGGCAGAGGAUUUUUGGGCUGGCGUGGGAGGUGAGGGAGAGGGAGAGGGAGAAGGGUGGUGGUGGUGUUGCUGGGGGGAAGGAGUUGAGGUAG